AUGUCAUUAGAGAAAAGUAGUACUAGAACUGAUUCCGCAAAGGCAUUUAUCCUAAUUAAACAAAAAUCUUUGUCCAACAACCUGAAUGGAAUUUUAUGCAAAUCCCUGGUCUUUGUAACCCUAAUUCUAUAUCUACUUUACUUUUUCUUGUCCAACCAUCCAUGUUGUCAAUCAUCCCUAUUACUCUUCCAAAGAAGAAUCAAGUCAAAGCAAUAUUACUACAAUAAAACGUCCCACAUUUCACCUACAAAUAUUAGCCACUUAGUUUUUGGAAUUGCGGGCUCAUCAAAUACAUGGGGCAGCAAAAAAUUGUAUAUCCAUUCUUGGUGGAAACCAAAUAUAACAAGGGGAUAUGUUUUCUUAGAUAGAACCCCAAAUGAGCACCUACCUUGGCCUUCUAAUUCCUCUCCUCCUUUUAGAAUAUCUGAUGACAAUUCGCGAUACGCGCCUUAUCACAAAAUGUUGAGAGUGAUUGAGGAAACAUUCAAUGUGGAGCACAGUCCAGGGGUCAGGUGGUAUGUUAUGACGGACGAUGACACUGUGCUAUUGAUUGACAAUUUGGUCGAUGUUCUUUCCAAGUAUGAUCACAGAAAGUACUAUUACGUUGGGAUGAAUUCGGAGUGUCUUGUCAGUAACUUUGGUAUGUCGUUUCAAAUGGCAUUUGGUGGAGCUGGUUAUGCUUUAAGUUAUCCCUUAGCUCAAGCUGUGGCUAAGAACAUGGAUACAUGUAUCAAGAGGUAUCCAUUUUUAUAUGGCAGUGACCACAUUUUACAAGCAUGUAUUGCUGAUUUAGGCGUCACCAUUACACUGGAAAAUGGGUUUCAUCAGAUUGACCUGCGCCGUGACAUAUCUGGUUUUUUAUCAGCACAUCCUCAGUCUCCAUUCCUAUCUCUCCAUCACCUUGACUUAGUGGCUCCAAUCUUCCCUUUAAUGAACCAUCACGACGCCGUAAACCAUCUAAUGACAGCAGCAAGAGUAGAUCAAUCCAGAUUAUUACAGCAAAGCACAUGCUACCUAAAGAAGUACAAUUGGACAUUUUCAGUGUCAUGGGGCUAUUCCAUUAACAUCUAUGUGAAGAUUCACUCUCCAAGUUUUCUUGAAAGACCCCUUGAGACAUUUUCUGAAUGGAGAAAAGGAGCAAGGCCACCUUACAUGUUUAAUGUUAGACAAUUAACUAAUGAUUCUUGUGAAAUUCCUCAUGUUCUCUUCUUUGAUGCUGUCGAGGGAACAAGAUUAAACCACAUUGUUACGAGAUACAUCAAAAGAACUCCAAGGGCGAUGCCGGCAUGUGGGUCGAGCGGCAAUCAUUCUACGGAUGAUGUCUCAAAAAUUCGUGUCUUUUCUCCCAUGCAUAAGCUUCAUGUAGGGGCAGCUAUACCAAGAGAACAAUGCCCUAUGAUCAAGCCCCUCUUAAAUGACAAUAAUGGGGGCAUUGAUGAAUAUGUUACGGCAGCUAAGGACUUUGAAGAAAAGUUCCUUUCUUCAAGCUCUACCACUUGGGCUGUUAGCAUAUACCCUUCUUCUAUCCGUCCUUCCAGAAUUCCUACUGUGAAAGAGGACUGA